UAUUUGCCUAUUAUUUAAACGCGACGUCAAAAACAUAAAUAAAAAGAUUCAAUUGUUUCUCUACGUUUCAUAGUUCCAUCACUCGAAAUGCUGACUAUCGCAAAACUAAUUUGCGGCAUUUUGGCCCUGUGGGCGGUACCAGCUGACGCCAUUUUCUGCACAGGCGAAUGUAAAGAAUCCGGAAUACGAUGUCCAGAUCCAUACUCGUACCAAAUUUGCGUGAAUAUGUCAGAUUAUGCAGUUGCCGCCACCACCGCCAAACAGUGCCCAGACGGUACCAUCUGUACCGAUCAAGGAAACUUUCCAUGCAAAGUUGGAACAGUACCAGUACCCACAACUACGCCGAAGCCUACAACUCUACCACCGUGCUCGGGCCCUGCAAAAUUCCCUACAUCAUCAUGCAACACAUACUUUGAGUGCGUGCAAACUCUAUGGUGGUGGUCGCCCUCCACACAAACGUGCCCAGAUGGGCAAAACUUUGACCCGUCCACCGCUGAGUGUUCUAAUACGUAUAAAUGCGGACCAAGCACUACUACUGUGGCCCCUUCAGACCCAAAAUGCACUGGUUCCGGGAGAUUACCAGGACCCACAUCAAAUCAGUACUACGAGUGUGAGCUGAUCUGGUUUCAGUGGCAACCUCAAUUGAAAACUUGCCCAGAUGGGCAAAUUUAUGAUAAGACUACAGCUCAAUGCGUAGGUGGUUCCAAAAGUUUGAGUGAGAAUGUAGCAGUACCAGAGGAGACGAUUGACGUAUUGAAAAAUUUAUUUUCACAAAUUGAAACGAUGUUUAGUUAAACAAUUAUGAAACGAACAUGUUACCAAAAGAUAAAAUCUAUUAAUAUGAAA